AUGUCGUGUUGGUGCUGCUUUAAGGGCGCGCGAAAGCUCGAUGUCGCGAGUUGGCGCGCGCGGUUUCAACCCGGGGAGGAUGACAUGUGGUUCGACGCGCGCGAAGAGUUACACUACGGCGACGAGGAUGAUGGCCUGGAUGAUUUGACGGAUGAGAAUAUCUCCAUUGAAGCGAACAGUGAGUUCCCGUUCACGCUUGGCAAGGUUUGGGAACAGGAGGAACAUCAGAGCUACGUGGCGACGGCGAUUCGGGAGAUGAAGGGCAAGGUGCGACACGUGUUGCGAAAACAACACGAGGAGGCGGUGAGACAGGCUGAGGAAGAGGCGGCAGAGUUGGAACGAUUGGGUUUGAUGACGGCGGAGAAGCGAGCGAUGCAUGAACGCAUGACUUCGGGUCAAGGUACGCAAGAGCUGGUGGGAAUGACGAAGCACUUGAAGGUUGGUCAAGACUUGACGGAUAUCGAACUGCCGCCGACGUUCUUCGUGCCGUUUAGUACGAUUCAAGUCGCGGAGGACGUCGUGUACGUGAUCGAAGGCUGCAACAAUGAUUGGAGCGACUUAAAGCAUCCCGAUCCCGAGCGUCGGAUCGCACGUUUGGUGAAGUUGUACCUAGACAUGAGCGCCAUUCGAACGGAGCACGGCUCGAGCGCUGGGGUCAAGUCAGCGUACACGUUUGGAGCCAUGAAGAAGCCUUUGAAUCCGAUUUUAGGCGAAACACAUCGAAUUAAAAGUGGCAACACUGAGUAUUUAGCCGAACAGGUGUGUCAUCACCCUCCCAUCACGACGUGGGACUUGAGAAAUGAAGAAAUUGGUUUGCACCUGUCGGCUGACGUCAAGGCGAAACCCGUCUUCCGAGGAACAUCGGUGCAAGUGCUCAUCGAUGGCGAGAUGCGAUUCGAAAAUUUACACACGGGUGAAAAGUACGUCAUGGAUAUGCCUUCGUUAUUUAUUCGAUUUUUUGGACUGAGCGGGAGCUAUUCCGAAACGGUGGGUCACAUCACACUCAGGCGCGUCAGCGAGGGUCCGCCUUUGUGCGCGGAGUUACACUUCAAACCGCGAGGCACGACUGGCUUGCGCAGCCAUGCGAAUAAGGUUGAGGGAUCGAUUAGCUCUGAGACCACCACAUUCAUGCACUUCAAGGGUAAAUUCAACGACGCCGUGGACGAGGUCACAGAGAAGAGGGAGUUUGUGCGACCGUUUUGGCGUCCUGCACCUCCAAAAUCGUCCAAAGCACCGAGAGCGGUGACGCGCCCGCUCAACGGAUUCACAGACAGUCACUGUCUUUGGGGAGAGUUUUUCCAAGCUCUCAUUGCCAAGGACAUGAAAACUGCGAGCAAGGCGAAAAAGAAAGCUGAGCGUGGGCAGCGCAGCCUUCACAAAGCGAUGAAAACCGGCGAACUCCCGCCGUGGGAGCCGACGAUGUUCGCCACCGAGGACGGCGAGCGGUGGCUGCUGAAGCCCAAUUUCAACCCCAGCGUGCAGCCGUCGUGGUUGAAGUACAUUGGCUAUAGAAUUUAUGAAUAG